ACUAGAGAAUGUAUUUUCUGUCCGCGAUCUCUAACUGUUUGGGAAAGAAUACUCAUCACUCCUCUCCAUUCCUUGUAUAUUCGGACAUUCCCACCUAGUUAGGGAGGUACCCGGGGCCGGCCCUCCUAGUUAAAUGCGCAUAUUUAGUAGCAUUCUCUUUCACUUGCCUGCCUUCAACUUAAAACCCUACUUAGGAUAAUGAAUUCGGGUGCACUAUGAGGUGCUUGUUUGAGAAUUUAAUACUCGUAGUCAUAGUCCAGCAUCAGCAAGCACAAGUAGCAACACCAUUUUUUCAGAAUUUCACGUAGUUUCUCUUUUCCUCUCUAAAAUUCCAUAACAUGCAGCCUCAACAUGUCAAGCUUUACCUUUCUCUUUGGCAUUUGGCCUUCCUUUUCGUCAUUCCCGGUGUUAAACCAGAUCUGAGUUCUGAUAGAGCUUCUCUUCUGGCUCUUCGUACUGCUGUGGGUGGCCGAACCGCUGAGCUAUGGAAUGCAAGCGACGAAAGUCCUUGCUCAUGGACUGGAGUAGAAUGCGAUGGAAAUCGGGUUACAGUGCUUCGAUUACCGGGCGUUUCUCUCUCAGGCGAAAUACCCACUGGCAUUUUUGGAAAUUUAAACAAUCUUCACACUAUAAGUCUCAGGUUCAACGCAUUAACUGGUCAGCUUCCUUCGGACCUUGCUGCAUGCACUAGUCUUCGCAACCUCUACUUGCAGGGUAAUGGAUUUUCUGGUCAUAUUCCCGAGUUUAUUUUCCAAUUUCAUAACCUUGUUCGCCUCAACUUGGCUUCCAACAACUUCUCCGGCGUCCUUGCUCCGGGUUUCGACCGACUUCAGCGGUUGAAGACUCUAUUCCUUGAGAAUAACCGGUUUAUUGGUUCGAUGCCGGCAUUUAAGCUUCCUGUCCUCAAGCAGUUCAAUGUUUCCAACAAUUUUCUCAACGGAUCUGUUCCCCGUCGUUUCCAGUCAUUUCCCUCCACUGCCUUGUUAGGUAAUCAACUUUGCGGGCGUCCCCUUGAGACAUGCUCUGGAAAUAUUGUGGUGCCACUCACAGUAGAUAUUGGCAUUAAUGAGAACAGGAGAACGAAAAAACUAUCUGGGGCUGUCAUGGGUGGGAUAGUGAUAGGAUCCGUAUUGAGUUUCGUUAUGUUUUGUAUGAUUUUCAUGCUUUCUUGCCGGAGUAAGAGCGGUCAAAUAGAGACUACUCUGGAUAUGACAACCCUUGAUAAUAUACGAAGAGAAAAAGUGACUUACGAAAAUCCUCAGUCCAUAGCUGCUACUACGGCAAUGGUACAGAAUAAGAAAGAGGAAACAAAUGAAAACAUCGAUGUAGUAAAAAAGUUGGUAUUCUUCGACAAUACAGCUAGGGUUUUUGAUUUGGAGGAUUUGUUGAGGGCUUCAGCAGAAGUGUUGGGUAAGGGAACCUUUGGAACAGCUUACAAAGCAGUCUUGGAGAUUGGACAUGUGGUGGCUGUAAAGAGAUUGAUGGAUGUGACCAUUUCUGAGAGAGAAUUCAAGGAGAAAAUUGAAGCAGUUGGAGCAAUGGAUCAUAAAAAUCUGGUUCCUCUCAAAGCAUAUUAUUUCAGCGUAGAUGAGAAGCUUCUGGUUUUUGAUUACAUGGCCAUGGGAAGCUUAUCCGCACUUUUGCACGGUAACAAAAGAUGUGGUAGGACACCAUUGAACUGGGAAAUGAGACGUGGCAUUGCAUCUGGAGUAGCCCGUGGCAUCAAGUACUUACAUUCUCAAGGCCCAAACGUUUCUCAUGGAAACAUAAAGUCUUCCAACAUAUUGCUUGCUGAUCCAUAUGAUGCCCGAGUCUCAGAUUUCGGCCUAGCGCAACUGGUUGGCCCAGCCUCCAGUCCUAACAGAGUGGCGGGGUAUCGUGCACCAGAUGUGAUAGAUACUCGGAAAGUAUCACAGAAGGCAGAUGUUUACAGCUUCGGCGUAUUGCUGUUGGAGCUGUUGACAGGAAAAGCUCCAAGUCAUGGGGUGUUAAACGAGGAAGGGGUGGAUCUACCGAGAUGGGUGCAGUCAGUAGUGCAAGAAGAGUGGAAGUUGGAAGUUUUCGAUGUUGAACUGCUAAGGUACGAGGGUAUUGAGGAGGAGAUGGUUCAAAUGUUGGAGCUGGCUUUAGAUUGUGCUACUCAGCAUCCAGAUAGACGGCCUUCAAUGUUUGAAGUAUCGAGUCGCAUUGAGGAGAUAUUAUGCCCUUACAAUCCAAUUCAAUAAUUUUACAUUUAGUUGUAGUAGUUGACUGACUAGUCAAUCUAGUUGUAAUUUGCUUGCAUGUGCUCUUUCCUGUGUUGCGUUGUAGAGUGAUAGUGGUACCGAUUAUCAACCGUUAUUAGUUAUUACUACUGCUACUACUCCAUCUGGUAUCUGUCCCGUCGGUUUCAUUAACUUAUUGCAUCAGCUAACUUGAUCCUUUGAUUGAUGUGUUUUGAGGAACUAUCAUAUUUGGAAUGAAGGAAAGUUAUGUUUUUGGCU